AUGGCGGCAUCAAUGGAAAUCCAGGAGGCUCCGUCCAAAGGGCGAAGCAAAAUUCAAGUUACCGCAAUUAUGGUAGCGCUUGCAUUGGCGAUGUUUAUUGCCGCACUGGAUCAAACCAUCAUGGCUACAGCAAUUCCAACAAUCGCUGCCUACUUCCACUCCUCUGCUGGUUAUACGUGGAUUGGCGGAGCGUAUCUGCUCAGCUCUGCCGCCAGCGCAUGCAUCUGGGCCAAGCUCUCUGAUAUUUGGGGCCGGAAACCUAUCUUGCUCUUGGCUGUUGCGUGGUUUUUCCUCAGUUCGAUUCUUUGCGCUGCUGCUACGAGUAUGGAAAUGUUGAUUGCGGGCCGGGCGCUCCAGGGUGUUGCUGGUGGUGGUUUGCUUCAGCUGGUUACGAUUAUCAUCUCUGAUUUAUUCAGUGUCAGACAUCGCAGUUUAUAUCUCGGCCUGAUGGAAGUCAUGUGGGCUUUCGCUGGUGGUGUUGGGCCCCUACUCGGCGGUGCAUUCAGUCAGUAUGUCACCUGGAGAUGGACUUACUGGAUCAAUCUUCCUAUCUCUGGGGUAACAUUUGUCCUCCUUUUCUUCUUCUUGGACGUGCACAAUCCACAGACGAAAAUCAUGGAUGGCGUCCGCGCUAUCGACUGGUUCGGCAGUGUCUCCGUUCUAGGCCUUACUCUCAUGCUUCUAUUGGGAUUGGACUUUGGUGGCGAGACAUUUGCCUGGAGCUCACCCCAAGUGAUCUGUCUAAUUGUCUUUGGGUCUUUAUGUUCCCUGCUGUUUAUCUACAGUGAGAAGAAACUAGCCAAGUAUCCCUUGAUGCCUAUGGAUAUCUUCGCUCGAUCCUCUAACAUUGCUACCUUGCUAGUAGCAUUUGCGCAUGGCUUCGUCUUCAUCGCUGGGGAAUACUACAUCCCCCUCUACCUGCAAUCCGUGCACGGCUCCUCACCAAUGGGCUCUGGUGUCCUGAUUCUCCCGCUUGUUGUCAUGGAAGCAUGCUCUGGUAUGAUUGCCGGUGCAAUCAUCCACCGCACAGGUCGAUACCUUGAACUCGUUUGGAUCGGCCUGGUACUAAUGACCAUUGGCAACGGGCUGUAUAUCAACCUCGGCGUGGGAUCAUCCGUCGGCGAAAUAGUCGGGUACCAGAUCAUCAGCGGUCUGGGAGCUGGAUUCCUCUUCCAAACACCCAUUAUCGCCAUCCAGGCCAUGGUCUCUCAAGAAGACACGGCCACGGCCACGGCAACAAUUGGCUUCAUUCGCAACAUGGCAACCGCGGCGUCCAUCGUCAUUGGCGGUGUUGUCUUCCAGAAUAGUAUGGGCCAAAAGCAGUCCAGCCUAUUGGCUUCCGGUAUGUCGGAUAGUAUGGCGGCUCAAAUGUCUGGGGAUUCAGCUGCUGCCAGUAUCGAGUCGAUUAAAUUCAUUACCGAUCCGGCGCAGCUGCUUGCUGUUCGGGAGGCUUUCGCUUGGAGUUUGAGAAAUAUGUGGAUCCUUUACACGUGCAUGUCUGCUGUUGGUGUCUUCUUUUCGGUUUUUAUUCUCAAGACUAAGCUCAAUAAGGAGCAUGUCGAGACUAAAACGGGAUUGAAUGUCGAGAAGACACCGGUCACUGAGGACGGCAUAUAG